CAGCGUUGUGUCCCCGGAGCCUGGACUGUGCCCUGCAGCGCCGGGAGUUCUGCCCUCCAGGGUCCGGCACCUGCGGCCCCUGCCUGCCCACCUUCCAGGAAGACGACCGUGGGCUAUGUGUCCAGAAGCAGCUCUCACCCAGCGGGCGGACAUCCAUUCCCAGCUUGGAGGAAAAAAUUGAUUUUCUGGCAGACGUGCUGGCCAGGCAAGAGGCUCCUCGCCACCACCUGCUACGGGAUGGCAAGCCCAGGACCACCCUGGUCCCCACCAGCAGCAGACAGCACGUGGCCAGCAGGCUGAAAGAAGGGCUUCUGCAGCAGGGUCCCGCCAGCAGCAAGGCAGCCGCCACCCUCCCCACCUCCACCACCACCAGGGUCCAGAAGUUCCCGGUUGAGGCAUCCCCCAUCCCUUCAAAUGACAAUGUGGUGCUCGGGCUGAUUGUGGUGUGCACAGUGGCUGGGAUUUCGGCACUGAUCGUGGCUGCGGUCUGCUGGUGCAGGCUGCAGAAAGAGGUCAGGCUGGCACAGAAAGCGGACUACUCAGCACAGCGAGCGGCCAGCCCCCUGCCCUACGACAAGAUCUCGCCCGGGGACAAGACGCUGGCUCAGAGUGCUCAGAUGUACCACUACCAGCACCAAAAGCAGCAGAUGCUCUCCAUGGAGAAGCAUAAAGAGGAACCCAAGCUGCCAGACUCGGCGUCAUCCGAUGAGGAGAACGAGGAUGGAGACUUCACUGUGUAUGAGUGCCCUGGGCUGGCUCCGACCGGAGAAAUGGAAGUGAGGAACCCGCUGUUUGACGACUCCUCCUUACACCCCUCGAACCCCAAGUCGCACCAGUAA